UUGCAUUCCUCUUCACUUGCAAAUUCAUUAUUUCAUCAUCACUGAUUCUAUCCUCACACAACAAAAAACAAGUGAAAGAUACAUAUUGUAAUUUAAUUUCUAACUAUACAAAGGUUUUAAUUUGUUGACCUUCCUUAACUUUAACCUUUAAGGUGGGUAACAAACAUGGAGCCCAAUUCAUCAGAGGAUGCAUCCUCAAAUAUCAUCAGUAAUGGCAUCAAGAACAACAAAAUGGUACAUGAAACUGAUCUAUAUAGAACUUCGUACCAUUUUCAGCCCCAACAAAAUUGGAUGAACGGUAAUUAAUAUAUAUAUUCAAAUAUGUUACAUGUAUAUGUUUUUCUUCUGUUUCUAAUUUAUUUUCUUUUGUUUUGUGAUGACACGUUUUGUUUCGUUGAUGAGAAUUAAAAUUGGUUGCAUCAUUAUGCAGAUCCAAAUGGACCAAUGUACUACAAAGGAGUUUACCAUUUGUUUUACCAAUAUAACCCUGAUGGGGCAAGCUUUGGUAAGAAAAUGGUAUGGGGUCACUCAGUAUCUUAUGAUCUAAUGAAUUGGAUUCACCUCAAUCACCAUGCUCUUCAACCAUCUCAUCACUAUGACAUUCAUGGCUGCUUCUCUGGCUCAACCACAAUAAUCCCCUCCAAUAAUCAACCCUUUAUUUUGUACACAGGAUUUGAUGAAACAAAACACCAAGUUCAAAACUUAGCUAUGCCGAAAAAUCCACAAGACCCUUUUCUAAGGGAGUGGAUCAAACACCCUCAAAACCCUAUAAUCACUGCCCCAAUUGGAUUAGUUGAACAAGAAAAUUUUAGAGAUCCAACAACAGCUUGGAAGGGUAGUGAUGGAAAAUGGAGGGUCAUAAUUGGUGCUAGAAAUGGUGAUAUAGGGAAGGCAAUUUUAUACCAUAGUGAUGAUUUUGUCAAUUGGAAAUUAAGCCCUAAUAAUCAUCAAUUCUAUGUAAUUGAUGGCAUUGGAAUGUGUGAGUGCCCUGAUUUUUUUCCAGUUUUAAUUGAUGGUACAAAGCAUGGGGUUGAUUUAGAUUAUUCUUCAGUUCAAGAUUCUAAUGAUGUUAUUAGGCAUGUGUUGAAGAUAAGUUACCAAAAUAAACAGCAAGAACAUUAUUUGGUAGGUAAGUAUGUUUGUGAUGAGGACAAGUUUGUUGCUGAGAAUAAAAUUACAGGGACUAGUUUGGACUUGAAAUUGGACCAUGGUGAAUUUUAUGCUUCAAAAUCAUUCUUUGACUAUGCCAAGAAGAGAAGGGUAUUAUGGGGAUGGGUUAAAGAGCUUGAUACAGAACAAGAUGAUAUUCUUAAAGGAUGGGCUGGUCUACAGGCCAUUCCAAGGCAAGUAUGGCUUCAUGAAAAUGGGAAGUGGCUGAUGCAGUGGCCAAUAGAAGAGUUAGAGACACUUAGAGACUCCGACAAUCAAGUUAGUAUUUUGGGACACAAACUUGUUGAUGGAUCAACUCUUCAAGUCUCAGGUAUCACUGCAUCACAGGCUGAUGUAGAAGUAGUGUUUGAACUACCUGAACUGGAAAGUGCAGAGUGGUUAGAUUCCAAAGAAGUUGAUCCCCAAAUAGUGUGUAGUGAUAAAGAAUAUGCAUCAAGAAGUGGCAUAAUAGGCCCAUUUGGUUUAUUGGCUUUAGCUUCAAAGGAUCUUACAGAGCAAACUGCAAUUUUCUUCACAAUCUUUAGAACUUCCAAUGGAUUUUCAUGUCUCAUGUGCACUGAUCUUACCAGGUCUUCAUUGAGGCAAGACGUUCAUAAAACCACAUAUGCAACUAUCUUUGCCAUAGAUUCCAAUCUCAAAGCAAUUUCACUUAGAACAUUGAUUGAUCGGUCGAUUAUAGAGAGUUUUGGAGAGAAAGGAAGAGUUUGUAUCACAAACAGAGUUUAUCCCUUGUUGGCUACUGAAAAGGAUGCUCAUCUUUAUGUCUUUAACAAUGGAAAACAGAAUGUUUGCAUCUCAAAACUAAAUGCUUGGAGCAUGAAGCCAGCAAAGUUUGUUCAACAGUGAAAGUGAUUGUUUGAACUUUGAAGCAAUAUUGCUACGAAUAAUUUGGAGAAUCAUACACCAUUUUACAUA